AUGAUAAAAUUGCGUAGUUCAGAGAAAGACAUGUUUGAGGUGGAGGAAGCGGUGAUAGUUCAAUCGGUGACUAUCAAGAACUUGAUUGAUGAUAAUUAUGAUAAUGUUGGGAAAUUGUACUCCUCUUCCUCUUCUUCUUCCUCUUCGUCUUCUUCUUCUUCAUCUUAUGAGAAGAUGAUAAAAUUGCGUAGUUCAGAGAAAGACAUGUUUGAGGUGGAGGAAGCGGUGAUAGUUCAAUCAGUGACUAUCAAGAACUUGAUUGAUGAUGAUUGUGGUGACGGUGUUAUUCCUCUUGAGAAUGUCAACAGUCUCGCCCUCGCAAAGGUUCUUGAGUAUUGCAACAAGCAUAAUGCAGAGGAGUCCCACGAUGACAACAACAACAUAGAAGCUCUCAAAAAAUGGGAUGAUGAAUUUGUUAAGGUGGAUCAACACACCCUCUUCCUUGUAAUGAUGGCGGCAAAUUAUUUGAAAAUUAAGAGUCUGUUGGAACUGACAUGUCAAAUUGUGGCAAAUUUGAUAAAGGAUAAGAGUCCAGAGGAGAUACGCCAAUACUUCAAUAUAAAGAAUGAUUUUAGUCCUGAAGAAGAAGAAGAGGCCAUUCGGAACGAGAAUAGAUGGGCUUUUGAGUGA